UCUACCCUCUGAUUGGACGAGAGCCGCAAGGCCUGGGUCACGUGAGUGAGUUCUUUGGUCCAGAGGAAAAUGGGGUUUGGUGUAAAUCUAGGGUGUAUUGCUGUCAUAUAUCACACUACCUCGUAAAAACGACACUAAGGAUUCUGGGCCAACAAAUCAGAGAGAAAAAAUAUGAGUUCUUAUUAUGUGGAUGGUCUUUUUAGUAAAUAUACGGCGAGUAGUUCUCUGUUCCCAAACGCAGACCGGGCUUCUUGCACUAUUGGACCCAGUGGAGAGGACUAUGGCUCAGCUCGCGGUGCUGCAGCCAUCGCGUAUGCAUCGUCCCUGUCUGGAGUUUACAACGUCAAUAAUGCAGUCUACCAGAGCCAUCCAGUGUUUACCUCGGGCUAUGGCCAGGGGCCGGACGCACACACUCUGCACUGCAGCCCGUUCGACCAGAGCCGUCUGUUCACCGACAGCUGUGGCCAGUCGGGGACGGGACCUCUCACCUCGCCGGCGGACAAACACUACCGGAUGUACCCCUGGAUGAGAGGAUCAGACCCAAGCCGAAAGCGGGGGCGGCAGACCUAUUCCCGGUACCAGACCCUGGAGCUGGAGAAGGAGUUCCACUUCAACCGGUACCUGACCCGCAGGCGGAGGGUCGAAAUAGCUCAUGCCCUCUGCCUCUCAGAGAGACAGAUCAAAAUCUGGUUUCAGAACCGCAGGAUGAAGUGGAAGAAAGACCACAAGGACGAACCGGCCUCGACCCCCGGGGACGAUGAUGCGGGAACCCACGGACAGUCCGAGGCCGGGGAACCGAUAGCAGGAGAAACCCGGAACGCUGCUCUGGCGUCUGCAAAGGAAUGAAUAAAAGAGACGCAGUGAAGUCGUUAAUGCAGAAAAUGUUACAGUUUUUAGGGAGAUAUUUAAGAUUGACAUGCGAUGAAUGCACUCUUUUCUACCAUGCUACCUAGAGCUUUGUGAGUGGAUGACAAGUGAAGGCAAAUAAAGUGUUACACAGUAUCUAUAUUGCAUAUUUAAAAUUAAAUUAAAGGGAAAAGUCACUAUCUUUACAAACUGUAAUCUUUACGGUAGUCUAUGUUGCUACACGUCCUAUUUAAACGUUAUAAUUUACUACUGAGUCAACAUUCCUGAACAAAAAACUACCUAAUGUUCCCUUGAUAUUAAAUCAUUGACACACUGAAUUCAAUGGGUUAAAAUUAAUUAAAAUUGAUCUAGUCUACCUGUUCAAGGAACUUUUCUCCGCAGAUGCUGUAUUUCAAACGGAAACACAAAAUUCUGCUUGAAAGUGCCUUAUUUUGAAUGGCCUAGAAGUGAAUUUGCUGAGUCUUACAAUUGUGUUUUGUUGGCGUCUGUAUUUUUAUUAUCAUUGUUUCUUACUUAAUUAUAAUAUUACUGCUAAUAUAAUCUUAUUAUUAUCAUAAAUUUUUACCCAGCCUACACCCCAGAAUCAAUAGAAAUUUCACCAUGGUGUUGAAUGAAUCUGUGUAGCCUACCUCAGACCCCCAGUCAGUCCAACUGCCUAAUAUAUUGUUUUUCAACGUCAACAGCAUACCGUCGCGACGUUUUAAAUCUUAACUGUGAACUGUAAAAUCAUGGUUUUAUGACGUAUUUCUGGUCUAGAGUUUCAUCUUUAAAUUUUCAAGCUGUGGAUGUAACAAAAAAUAAAAAUAAAAAUAAAAAUAAAUGCAUGCACUUAUAUUUAGAAAAGUAUUAGAUUUAAGUAUCAGGUAACACAUUUCUCAGUGAUAAAUUCUAAUUGGUUUUCAGAUGUACCAGUCCUGUGAUAUACAGUUCAGUUCAGUACUUUUCAUAGCGAAGUAGGACAUUUAUGUGUAAAUAAAUAGAAACAAAUUCCUUAAACAUGUGAGCAUAUAUUUUGAACGGAAACUGAAGC